GACUCCACACUUCAGUGCAGGGGUGCAGGUUUGAUCCCUGGUCAGGGAACUAAGAUCCCACAUGCCGUGAGGUGCAAUAAAAAAUUUAAAUAAUGAUAAAAGAAGAUCCUUAUCAGCUCUAAGCUUCUACUCUAUGAAGACUUUCCAUCCACUGACACUUAAAAACUGGAUGGCUUCCACAGGGAGCCAGGCCUCGGAUAUAGACAAGAUUUUGGGAUUCUUCAGUGAUGGCGCACCCCCCACCAAGAAGCCCAGGAAGCUGCUCCCAAGCCUGAAAACUAAGAAGCCUCGGGAGCUCGUGCUGGUGAUUGGAACAGGCAUCAGUGCUGCGGUUGCACCCCAGGUCCCAGCCCUGAAAUCCUGGAAGGGGCUGAUUCAGGCCUUACUGGAUGCGGCCAUAGAGUUUGAUCUUCUAGAAGAUGAGGAGAGCAAAAAAUUUCAGAAGUGUCUCCAUGAAGACAAGAACCUCGUCCAUGUUGCCCAUGACCUCAUCCAGAAACUAUCUCCCCGUACUAGUAAUGUCCGAUCCACAUUUUUCAAGGACUGUUUAUACGAAGUAUUUGAUGACUUGGAGUCAAAGAUGGAAGAUUCUGGAAAGCAGCUACUUCAGUCAGUUCUCCACCUGAUGGAAAACGGAGCCCUGGUAUUAACUACAAACUUUGACAAUCUCCUGGAACUGUAUGCGGCAGAUCAGGGCAAACAGCUGGAAUCCCUUGACCUUACUGAUGAGAAGAAGGUCCUUGAGUGGGCUCAGGAGAAGCGGAAGCUGAGUGUCUUACACAUCCAUGGGGUCUACACCAACCCGAGUGGCAUUGUCCUUCACCCAGCUGGUUAUCAGAAUGUGCUCAGGAAUACUGAAGUUAUGAGAGAGAUUCAGAAACUCUAUGAAAACAAGUCAUUCCUCUUCCUGGGCUGUGGCUGGACUGUGGAUGACACCACUUUCCAAGCCCUUUUUCUGGAGGCCGUCAAGCAUAAAUCUGACUUAGAACAUUUCAUGCUAGUUCGGAGAGGAGAUGUGGAUGAAUUCAAGAAGCUUCGAGAAAACAUGCUGGACAAAGGGAUUAAGGUCAUCUCCUAUGGAAAUGACUAUGCUGACCUUCCAGAAUAUUUCAAACGACUGACAUGUGAGAUCUCCACGAGGGGAAGGUCAGCAGGGAUCGUGAGAGAAGGCCAGCUGAAUGGCUCGUCUACAGCACACAGUGAAAUAAGAGACCAUAGUACCUGAGAGAGCUAGAGGAACAGCCACCAUUAGAUCAAGCUGUCAGGGCCUACCGUGGAGUGUUUAACAAGUGAACUUACAAGAACCCGAAGCAGCUCCUAGGAAGUACCAGUACCCAGAGGCUGAAAGCUGGGGGUUAGCAGAGAUGUCCAACUUAAUCCUUCAUGCCGGCUCGUUCCUCUGCAGCCUGUUCCAGUUCAAUACCCAAGUGACAAGGGGCCCAAAUGGAGCCCCCACCCCACCCCAGGCUGAGUCCACACAGCAGGUCAACAGGACAUUUCCACCGACCGUGGCUGCACAGAGGACUUGGGCUCUCGACGCCACGGGUUCGCCGUGGCUCUUGCGGCAGUUUUGUACUCUAUACUUGGUUUUUCAAUUAAGCUUAAUGGCUUUUUUAAAAUAUGACUUGAAGCUCUAGUUUUCUAGACCUUUUACAGUGUACAGUAUUUUACAUAAUUGAGCUGUAAUAUUAAAAGCUUCUUCAUUUA